AUGCAAGCCGGCCUCACCGCGACCUGGACAACUCACAUCCCCCUCAUCCAAAAAUCCUCCCCAGCCGAGCUCGUCGCCAACCUCCUGCGCACCCACCUCGCCCCCAACCUGCACUCCCACGUCUUCAUCGACUUCUGCGCCGGCGCCGGCGGGCCCACGCCCUCCAUCGAGCGCCACCUCAACCGCCCCUCCACCCCCAAAACCAGCAACAACAACAACACCGCCAGAAAGGAACUAACCAACGGCAACUCCAACCCCAUCGCAAAAGACGAACCCUUACACUUCGUGCUGACCGACCUGCACCCGCACACGGACCUCUGGGCGAAAGCCGUCGCGCAGGCCGACGCCCCCGGCGCCAUCAGCUAUGUUGCUGAGCCGGUGGACGCGGCGCGCGUGCCGCGCGAGUUGAUCCGGAGGUAUAGGGGGCCGGAGGGGAAGAAGAAGGUGUUUCGGCUGUUUAAUCUGGCGUUUCAUCACUUUGAUGAUGGGUUGGCGCGAAGGAUAUUGAGGGAUACGGUUGAUGGUGGGGGGGAGGGGUUUGGAAUCUUUGAGCUGCAGGACCGGGGCAUCGCCGGGUUUGUGGCGUGCUGCUUUCUCGGGAUCGGGAUAAUGGUCAUGGCGCCUUACUACGCGCUGCUGUGGGGAGCGCCGCUAUCGUUGGUGUUGACCUACGUGGUGCCCGUCCUGCCGGCCGUGUUGGUUUUCGACGGGUGGAUGUCGUGCUUGAGGACAAGGACGCCGGAUGAGAUCGAGGCGCUGCUUAGGACGUGCGGGGCCGAGGGCGGCGAAAAGGAGAUCGCCAAGUGGGAGGUCAAGAGCGGCAGCGAGAAGUUCAUGUGGCCGGUGGGGAGUGUGGAUUGGGUCAUCUGCGUGAAAAGGGAGAGCUGA